AUGCCUAUCCAAGCUGCCCCCGGAACCGUGGGCAACCUCACCCCAGAGCAGGAAGUCAAACUUCAGGAGUUUUGGGUCCUGCUGCUGAAGGUAUGCGGCGUUAACGUGGAGGGAAUUGAAACGAAUGGCGAUGUCGCCGCGCCCCCAAGCCCGUCGUCCCAGAAGAAAGCGGCACCAAAGCGGAGAUUCACCUUCUUUGGUGGAAAGAGCAAUGACGAGGAGGAGGACACCCCAACGAACGGUGUUACAAAUAGCAUUGCUUCCAUCAACAUCACCGAUGGAGAUGACAAGUAUGGACAGUCCAAAGAAUUCCAGCAAGCAAUUACCGACAUGAAGCCUGAGGAGAUUCGGGUUACACUGUGGAACAUGGUGAAGCAAGAUAACCCCGACUCCUUGCUUCUGCGUUUCCUUCGGGCGCGCAAGUGGGAUAUCAAGAAAGCACUCAUCAUGCUGGUCUCCACAAUCAGGUGGAGAUUGCAGGAUGUGAAGGUCGACGAUGAUAUUGUUAAGAAUGGCGAACUGGCUGCCCUACAGCAAUCGAAGAGCUCUGACCCUGAAGAGAAGAGAAAGGGCGAAGAGUUCCUGGAGCAGAUGCGCAUGGGCAAGGGCUACAUCCACGGUGUUGACAAAGAUGGACGGCCUAUCUGCGUUAUCAGAGUGCGCUUGCACAAGCAGGCCGAUCAGGGCACGGAUACCUUGGAUCGGUUUACUGUGUACACCAUUGAAUCUGCCCGGAUGAUGCUCUCGCCUCCAGUUGAAACAGCCUGUGUUGUCUUCGACAUGACCAACUUCUCUUUAGCAAACAUGGACUAUCAUCCAGUUAAAUUUAUGAUCAAGUGCUUCGAAGCUAAUUAUCCCGAAUGCCUUGGAGUUGUGCUUAUCCACAAAGCCCCUUGGAUCUUCUCCGGAAUUUGGAAUAUCAUCAAGGGCUGGCUUGAUCCCGUGGUUGCAUCCAAGAUCAACUUCACUAAGAAUAUCUCUGACCUUGAGAAAUUCAUCCCCAAGGAUCGCAUUUAUAAGGAGCUUGAGGGCGAUGAGGACUGGGAAUACAGCUAUGUAGAGCCCAAGGUUGAUGAAAAUAAAACGAUGGAAGAUACAGCCAAGCGGGAUGAGUUGAUCAAGGAAAGACAACAGCUUGCUCAAGACCUCCAAGAUACCACGAUUGAGUGGAUCACGGUCAGCAGGAAGAAGGACGAGGCGGCCACCAAGGCAGUGGUGGAGAAGAGAGAGGCGCUCAUUGAGCGAUUGAGGGUCCAAUACUGGCAGCUCGACCCGUACAUUCGCGCUACCUCGCUGUACGACAGACUGAACGUUCUCCAGGGCGGAGGAAAGAUUGAUUUCUAUCCGGCCGAAGCCAAAGUGAACGGAACUACUACGAACGGUGCCACGAAUGGCACCUCCCACUAG